AAUUCAGGGAACACUGAUACAAUAAAUAAAAGUUUUAGUAAUAUAUUCUAAGAGGUUCUUGUACACCAAAAUGACAACCUCCCCGGCCUCCGGCCACCACCGUUUUCAAACUCUCGUCCCCCUCGCUUUAGCCGCCAUUCUUCUCCUUGGAGCAUCACGGUUAAAGAUCGAAUCCUCGUGCUCGAAAACAAGUUGCAAACAUGUCUUGCAGAGAGUGUUCUCCUUCACUGCCAUGCACAAGACUAAGAUAAGGAAUGAUGAUGGAGGUGAUGAUGAACAUAUAUAUCAUGAUGCAUUGAGGAAUGGAUCAUGCAAUGUCUUUGAGGGUGCAUGGGUGUUGGAUGAAUCUAAUCCAAGGCCUUUGUAUACUGAAGAGAGUUGCCCUUACCUUACUACACAGGUCACUUGCCUUAGCAAUGGAAGACCUGAUUCUCUCUACCAAAAAUGGAGGUGGAAACCCCAUGCAUGCCAACUUCCAAGGUUUGAUGCUUUGAAAUUGUUGGAGAGUUUGAGGAACAAGAGGUUGAUGUUCAUAGGGGACUCUCUCCAGAGAACACAAUGGGAAUCUAUGGUUUGUCUUGUUGAAUCUGCCAUUCCUGAUUCUAAGAAAUCAAUGACCAAGAUUCCUCCCAGAAGAAUCUUCAUGGCAGAGGAAUACAAUGCUUCAAUUGAAUUCUAUUGGGCUCCUUUUCUUGUGGAAUCAAAUGCUGAUCAUGCCACUAAGCAUCAUGUGCAAAAGAGGCAAGUUAAAUUGGACUCAAUCUCUAAACAUAGUAAGAAUUGGGAGGGAGUUGAUGUCCUUGUCUUUGAGAGCUAUGUAUGGUGGAUGAACAAGCCUCUCAUUAAUGCCACGAUUGGAUCUCUUGAAAUGAAAGAAUACAAUGUCACAACUGCAUACAGGUUGGCACUACAAACAUUGGGUAAAUGGUUAGACUCAACCAUGAAUCCUCUCACCCAAAAGGCCUUCUUCAUGAGCUUGUCUCCCACUCAUAUAUGGAGUUGGGAAUGGAAUUCAGGAAGUAAUGGUAACUGUUUCAAUGAGGCUACUCCAAUCCAAGCACCAUACUGGGGAAUAGGUUCAAGCCAUCAGAUCAUGGAUGCAGUAAGAGAUACUUUGCAAGAUCUGAAGGUUAAUGUCACCCUUCUGAACAUCACCCAGCUUUCUGAGUACCGGAAAGACGGGCAUACGUCGGUCUACACUGAGCGGCAAGGCAAGCUCUUGACAUUCGAGCAGAGAUCUCAACCGGAAAUCUACGCCGAUUGCGUCCAUUGGUGCCUGCCCGGUGUUCCUGAUACAUGGAAUGAGAUACUGUAUAUGUACUUGUUAUACGGACCAAGUAGACAUUGAAUGAUUCAGCAUUCAGCAAGCAAUUCAACAAAGUAUUCAUUGCGUGAA